AUGUCUGGUCUGACUUCACACAACAUCUCAGCUACAUCUAUUCGUGUGCAUGGAAUCACACGUGAACGUGAUAUGUGCGUUUUCUGCCGGAAGCGCUCUUCGCCACCACCUAAUGAUCCGCUGGCACCAGUAUUUGCCUUCUUCUCGCUGGUUGACUGCCGUCACUACGCGUGCCAACCGUGUGCUCUCGUGCAUUGCGACAACGCUGGGCGGCAUAUACGUUGCCCCGCGUGUUGCGCGAUUUCUCGUCUCGCGCAGUCGGGCCGCCGUCGCGGAAACCGUGUGGAUGAACGAGUGCCAAUAGAUGACGGCGUAUCGUCGGCGGCAUCGCAGAGCUCAAAAAGAGUGUUGGCCCCACCGAAGCGUUCACUCUCCGUCACUGACCGGCGGAGACGUACGUCAUCUGUUCAGUUCUCAACAAACUUAACAUCGCCCAGUGGGCAGAAGGAGGCCCUCAGCACCGGCGGCUCUAACACGUCAUUGACACUUGCCGCGGUCGGCCGGCUGCCAACCGACCCUAACUAUAGCAAAGGCAAAGGGGAUGAAGGAGGAACCGUUGCGGCCUUCAGCGAGGAGGAACGAAUAUCGGUCGAUUUGUACACCAUUAAGGGCACCGCUGCAAAACGCCCGCGUCGCACAACAGCUGAACGUGCCCGCAGUCAGCCGCUUCCUCCGGCAGAAUAUCGCUAUUUGCCACCACCAACGCCGUUCCAUCGCCCGCCGCCGCUAGUAAUUCACACGAUUGAGGAGGAAGAAGAGGUUGCGGCUUCAUUCCAACUCAUUGUAAGGGAAAUCGAGCAAACUAUCGCUGCUACGCUAGUAAAGGAGGCAGAUGAGCGUGACACAAUCGGAAUUGCGGAAGCACACCGCCGCAACGUCCUUUCAAAAUUACGUGAAGAGGAUGAAAGAAAGAGAUUUGCAGCACAUCACGAACUCAAUGACGAGUUUUCUGAUGCCAAAUUAAGUCCUCGCACAACAACAAACGCAUCAGACGGCCAAGUCAGUGAAACAUCCGAUGAAGGAAUGUCAGAACUCUCAACACAACAAGACUCAAUUCAAAAGAACUACAAACAACCCAUAGAUCAAAAAGCAAUGAUCACAAAGGAAAGAACAGGAACACCUACCGCAGCGGAAAAACAAACAAAACACCAACAACAAACAAUCACCAAACAGAACACUGAAGAAGAAAAAAAAGAAGCAAAAAAUGAAAACAAUAAGGAGAGUAAAAAAAAACGGCGUGAGCGUGUUGAGGUUGCUACAUGGGAUUCGGAACAACAGCUGCGGCUCUUUGAACAACUUAUGGAUCUCGCUCGUGAUGAACAACAGCACCGUGCCAAAAUACAGCGUGACGAAACUCGUAUGCAUGCGGAAAUGGAACGAAGUGAGGCUAGCGAUGUUGCAACAAUCAAGGCUGCAAUGGAGGCCAUGGCAGAGUCAGCACGUAGAGAGCAGGAGGAAUUAUUGCGUGAUGAGAAGGAAGAACGCUACACCAUCCAAGAGGAUGAGCGACGGCUACGGCGCAACAUAACGCGACAGAGCGCGGAGCUCUCACUCGACGUCAGCAUGCAGCAUGUGCAACAACGUGGUAAGGAGGACGCACAAAGGGAAUUGGAUAUGCUAAGGGUUGCACUGGAAUCAACUGCUGUUGAAACCACUUCGCGCGCUCGCCUCAACCUCAUUGUAACGGAGGAACUGAGGGCACGUGAUUCCCUGUGCAGUGACGAAGCAAGUGAACGAGCCAUGCACGCAGCAGAAGAGCGACGUGAGCGUGUUGAGGUUGCUACAUGGGAUUCGGAACAACAGCUGCGGCUCUUUGAACAACUUAUGGAUCUCGCUCGUGAUGAACAACAGCACCGUGCCAAAAUACAGCGUGACGAAACUCGUAUGCAUGCGGAAAUGGAACGAAGUGAGGCUAGCGAUGUUGCAACAAUCAAGGCUGCAAUGGAGGCCAUGGCAGAGUCAGCACGUAGAGAGCAGGAGGAAUUAUUGCGUGAUGAGAAGGAAGAACGCUACACCAUCCAAGAGGAUGAGCGACGGCUACGGCGCAACAUAACGCGACAGAGCGCGGAGCUCUCACUCGACGUCAGCAUGCAGCAUGUGCAACAACGUGGUAAGGAGGACGCACAAAGGGAAUUGGAUAUGCUAAGGGUUGCACUGGAAUCAACUGCUGUUGAAACCACUUCGCGCGCUCGCCUCAACCUCAUUGUAACGGAGGAACUGAGGGCACGUGAUUCCCUGUGCAGUGACGAAGCAAGUGAACGAGCCAUGCACGCAGCAGAAGAGCGACGUGAGCGUGUUGAGGUUGCUACAUGGGAUUCGGAACAACAGCUGCGGCUCUUUGAACAACUUAUGGAUCUCGCUCGUGAUGAACAACAGCACCGUGCCAAAAUACAGCGUGACGAAACUCGUAUGCAUGCGGAAAUGGAACGAAGUGAGGCUAGCGAUGUUGCAACAAUCAAGGCUGCAAUGGAGGCCAUGGCAGAGUCAGCACGUAGAGAGCAGGAGGAAUUAUUGCGUGAUGAGAAGGAAGAACGCUACACCAUCCAAGAGGAUGAGCGGCGGCUACGGCGCAACAUAACACGACAGAGCGCGGAGCUCUCACUCGACGUCAGCAUGCAGCAUGUGCAACAACGUGGUAAGGAGGACGCACAAAGGGAAUUGGAUAUGCUAAGGGUUGCACUGGAAUCAACUGCUGUUGAAACCACUUCGCGCGCUCGCCUCAACCUCAUUGUAACGGAGGAACUGAGGGCACGUGAUUCCCUGUGCAGUGACGAAGCAAGUGAACGAGCCAUGCACGCAGCAGAAGAGCGACGUGAGCGUGUUGAGGUUGCUACAUGGGAUUCGGAACAACAGCUGCGGCUCUUUGAACAACUUAUGGAUCUCGCUCGUGAUGAACAACAGCACCGUGCCAAAAUACAGCGUGACGAAACUCGUAUGCAUGCGGAAAUGGAACGAAGUGAGGCUGACGGAAUCUUGGCAUGCGGUGCUCAGAGUGAAGGAGCCGAUUCUUUUGAAGUUGCUUCUUCGGGGUGUGAUUGUGUUUUUCGUCCUUCUGGUGCUGAUUGUGCCUCUUUCUCUCCGUAUGUUUGUCGAGGGGGUGGUGUUUUGCCGCUUGAUGUUGAAAUUCCUGUUGGUUUGGCGUAUUCAGCGCAUGGCAGCACAUCAGCUGAGGUUAUUUCAGUUGACUAUACCUCUUUUUUGCCUAUUGUUGGCAGUGACGCUCAGGGUGAAUCAUCUUUGUGGAAUACUCUUGACGAUGAUGGUGGCGUUGUUUUUGGUGAUGUUUGCGCGGGUGGGGACGAUGUUGGCAUUGAUGUAAAUGACGUUGAGAGUGUGCACAUCAGCAGGGGAUGUUCAACCGUACUUGACGCCGGUGGCGUUGGCGCAACUGCUGAAGUAUAUGCUUUAGAUGAAAAGUGGCGUGAUGGGACUGCGGUAAGCGCUGAGCCCCCUCGCAUUCCAGCAAGUAGGAUUUGUCGUACUUGCUUCUCCACUGAUACGAGUAGAUGUGCGCGUUGUGGCACAAUGGUGUGCUCUCAUUGUAUUCCUUCAGGUUCGUUUCGUCAGUGCUGUACGUUACAUCACCUUACCAUUAUCAACAAGAGGUGCAGGGUAAUGACUGAAACGAGGGUGCACGCUAGGUGGGAGUGCCGGAGGUUGUUUAGGCAGUUCCGACUCGAGCAACGGAUGAGAAGGCGGAGAGAAAAUGUGGUAAACACUCGAGGGUUUGAUGUAGUCGUUCUUACACCGGAGCAAAAGGGUGACAACUCUAACCUGCACGAGGUUAAGACGCCUCCUAGAGUCACUCGUCGAUUCUUAAACCAAGAAAAUGACAGUGAGGAAGAUGCUGCAUGGAAAUCACAUUAUCUUGAGUCAUGGCCAUCUGAUUCGGGGCAGAUGCCACCUUGCGGACUCAAACAAGAGCGGUUUGAUGAAUUUAAUGAUGCCGAAAAUAGUAUGAACCUAACGGCAGAUAAUGAGCCCAAGACCGAAAGAAAAAGAGCCACAGCAUUCUUUGUACCAUUAGGUAAUAGCGCCGAACCAAGGAGGCCCAAACCUCCGACACCUAGAAACUAUGUUCCCGGAAUUAUCCACAAUUGUACGAAAGCUCCGCAGAGCAAGCGAGCAGUUUCAAGAAUGCGUUUCCGGCGCCUUCGGAGGCAAAACGCAACGGGUAAUACUAAGAACACAACGUUGAAUUCUGCUGCUGCAGGAAGAAAUGUACAGGAACAUCGCGCCGCAAGCAGUUCCAAGCCGCGGCCACAAGAAAGCUGGGCACGGCAAAGACCUGUGCAGCGUCAGGGUGCCUUUAUUACGGCAGACCCCGUGAGAGGGAUCACGAGAAGCGGCCCAACGUCCAAUUCCUGGCGCCGCCGGAAUUUCCGCACGAAAAGCCGGUCACCAGCUGGGUAUGGCGGCAAAGCAAGUGCUUGCAAUUUCCACGGUGAUCGAUGCGGGGACGCCAUGGCACUGGGACGCACAUAUUACGACGGUAACCCCGUGAGGAGUAAGGGGUUGGCUUACGUUCUGGACGAAGAGCCACCACAGAGAGGAUAUGAGCCGACGCCACCAACCAGACUGCAGAGCAACCGGGUAGUCAAAUCGGGGGUACACAGCGGCGAAGAACAUACAAGGAUGGGGUGUCAACACGAGUGGGAGCCUGACCAGCAAUGUGUACCAUUAUUUGAGGAGUUUCAUGCGUCUUCCUCGACCCCACCCUGGCGGCCUCCGUUCUCGCGUGACCCACCACCUCCGCGCCGCAACCACAGGAACACAAACAUAGGAGGUCGAACACACCGUACGCUAGCCCCCUUUCCAGCACGCCAACGCCUUUGCCACCCGCGGCAACGCAGUGCCGCCGACCUCACACGCAACGCAAGUCCCGGGCAGGCGUGCAGCAGAUUCCAUUACAAUCCACUGGACGACGUUGAUCGUGCUGCCUUCGUUGGUGGACCGCGCGGAGCACAACGGCAACCGCCUACGAGUGUAGCGGAGCCAUGUAUUACCGUGCAUCUCUUUCCGCCUUCUUCGUACGGAGGGGGAGCGGGAACUUCUGGACGGCAUCCGUUGCGGGGUCCAACCGCAAGGAGACACUCAAGUCGUGCCCACAGGCCCUCACCAGCUCGAGCGGCUUCACCUCCGUGGCGAACAGACCUAAACACCCCGUUCAUUUGUCCCCCAUGGAACGCGAACCGGCCUGACACGUUUAUUGCAAAGCCGUAUACCCGCACCACGUGCAGAAGGUAG